CUCUCAAUGAUGUGGAAACAACACGCAUGGUCCGUGGACGCACACAGACCUUGGAGGAGCGGCGGCGGCGUUCAGACCCGCAUAUCAAACCGGCAUGAGGGAGAAUGGAUACUUCAGCGUCUGGAAAAAGGCAGCCAUGUCCCAGAGGAGGUGAAGACAGGGUUUUGUGGACCUGACAGCUGCUGAGGUCUCAAGUCGUCUGAAGAUUCGGUGACAAGAUGCCAGAAAAAUCCUUAAAGUUCUGCAGACUCUAAAUCAUGGGGAACACUGAGAGCCAAAACGGGGAACAUGCCCUCUACAGUACUGGACGUGGCUAUUUGUCACGGAAGCACAUGUCUCGGUCUCUACGCAUUUCCAACAAACAGUCCAGGCGUUCUCGGCAUGCUUCGUCGGGGAAAAUGGAGCACAGAAACUCUGAGACGAGCACUCGGUCAAGUAGCACCCCCAGCAUCCCACAAUCCCUAGCUGACAAUGGCUUGGAACCCUUCAAUGAAACAAACAACUUCCCUGACUUUGGAAGCCCCAUUUGGGUGGAUCGUGUGGCAAUGAGUUUGCGCCCUAUAUCCUUUCAUAAUGAUCUGGCCAAUCCCUCAGUGCAUAUGAAUACAAUGCACAUAACCCUACCUGGUCCCACUGCGGAAGAGACGCAGGAUGAGGAAGUGUACACAAAUGAGGUUAAAUAUAUUCAGCAGACGUUAGAGUGCUCCAAAGAGACAAUCAGCUUCAAAAAGAGAUCAAAAUCUGCAGACACCUGGCGAGAUGACAGCCUAGAAUUUUCCCUGUCUGAUGUCAGUCAAGAUAAUUUAACCAGCACUGAGGAGAUCAUCGACAUGGCUAAUGAGAGAGACUUCCCUGACUGUGAAGGCCACAUGCAGUUCAGCCCAACAGACUCCGCCGACAGAGCAAACUCGCUGGAUGAACUGUACAGUGACACCAGCCCGGCUUCCAGAACCCACGGCCGCUACUCCAAGUGGCAUGACACCAACAGGUCCGUGGGAGAGGGAGAGGACGGUAAGAGGCUGUCACCGUCAGAGGAGGACGGGACUUCAUACGGCGCGUACACUCUUCCCUGCCGACGUUCCCACUGCCUGUCUGAAGGCCUGAGCAACCUCCAAGCCACAAUGUGCAAGAGUAUGCAGGGCCGGAGGGCGCAGACCAUACAGGAUGUCACGGCCGGAGACGGCAGUGAAUAUGAAGACAGCGGGAUCGACGGGGUGAUGGUGGAGGCAGUGCACCAACCUCGACGCUACAAGACAAUGUCGGCGUCCUUCUCCGUCUGUUCCAUGCACGGGCGGAACGUGUUUGUUGGCAGCGACAGCGGCAGCAGCAGUGGCGGCGGUGGCGCCAGCGAGGGCGUGCAGGGUGUGUACGAGAACUUCCGUCAAGAACUACAAAUGAGUUCCUGCCAGACGGAGAGCUUGGAGGAAGCGGGCUCCGCACUCAGCGAUGAGCAGAGCACCAUGAGCUCCGCCUACCAGUCUGAUCUGUUGCUAAGCGUCGUCCAGGGGAUGGUCCGUAAAGCUGGAAAACUUGCUGUAAAGAACUUCCUUGUGCACAAAAAGAACAAGAAAGUUGAAUCUGCCACAAGACGCAAGUGGAAGACUUACUGGGUUUCCCUAAAAGGAUGCACGCUCUUCUUUUAUGAAACCGAUGGCCGGUCGGGGAUUGACAACAACAGUAUUCCCAAGCACGCCAUUUGGGUGGAGAACAGUAUCGUCCAGGCUGUGCCAGAGCACCCCAAAAAGGACUUUGUGUUCUGCCUCAGCAAUUCGUUGGGGGACGCAUACCUUUUCCAGACUUGCAGCCAGACAGAGCUAGAAAACUGGAUCACAGCCAUCCACUCAGCAUGCGCCACCGCCGUCGCUCGCCAGCAUCACAGAGAGGACACCGUUAGGCUGCUGCGUGCUGAGAUCAAGAAGCUGGAGCAGAAGAUCGACAUGGAUGAAAAGAUGAAAAAGAUGGGAGAGAUGCAACUGUCUGCUGUCACUGACACCAAGAAGAGGAAGACAAUCCUGGAUCAAAUCUUCUUGUGGGAGCAGAACCUGGAGCAGUUCCACAUGGAUCUGUUUCGCUUUCGGUGCUACCUGGCCAGCUUGCAAGGAGGAGAGUUGCCCAACCCUAAACGCCUCCUGGCCUUUGCCUCCCGUCCCACCAAGCUGACCAUGGGCAGACUGGGAAUAUUCUCAGUCUCUUCCUUUCAUGCACUGGUGGCAGCUCGUACAGAGACAGGAGUGAGACGCAGAACGCAAGCCAUGUCUCAUUCCUGCAGCAAGCGCAAAAGCAGGUUUUCCUCCCUCUGGGGUGUAGACACAACCUCCAAGAAGAAAACAAAAGCCCACCCUACGGUUAGCCAGGUGUUUGCUGAUGGUGAAGAGCCAGAGAAAAAACCAGCAGAUCGCAUAUUUGUUGAUUCUGUGAAAGAAAACACAAAAACAGAAGAUGGAACUGUGAAAAACCUUGCUCGACCAAACACCGACAGCGACAUGUGGGCUCCUGAAAACCUCACUCCCUCCUGGGUUUGUCUGCCAAAUGACCAGCCUGUGUUAACCACCAUCCAGCCAGGAGAGUCUGCACUGUGUGUUCUGGAGUCUAUAUGCAAGACCCAUGAGCUUGACCCAACCAAACACUACUUGCGACUUAAGUUCUUUAUGGAAAACCAAACGCAAUUCUACAUUCCCAAGCCAGAAGAGGACAUCUAUGACUUGUUGUACAAAGAAAUCGAACUCUGCUCCAAAAUAACUAAAGUCAUCCAGUUUGACAGAGAUGAAUCCUGUAUGAUUGGUUAUGGUUUUUCUAUCUCAGUGGUGGAAGAAGAUGGAGUACAGCAGCUUUACAUCACUGAUGUGAAGGCCGGGGGGUUAGCCUUUGCCAAAGGUCUGAAUGCCGGCGAUGAAAUUCUCCAGCUGAAUGGGAAAGACUCCCACAGUCUGAAUUUCUCAGACAUGAAGGCUGCGUUCUCCCAAGUGUCUCUGGCUUUGACGGUCAACACUCUGCCCUCAGUGGACCGCCGUCAGCUUUGCUACCUUCCACCGCGGCGCUCCGAUGCGGCAGAAGACCUCUACACUGACAUCUUCUCCCAAAGUCAAGAGGAGAUUCUGGACGAUGGUGUGGGACUGCUGCUGGAGAGCUCUGGAGACAGCCUGGACGAUGAUUCGGAGAUAUUUAGCGAAUUUGACGAGUGCGGAAAGAGCACAGAGCAGGUCGCCGCUUUCUGCCGCAGUCUCCAUGACAUGAAUCCCUCAGAGUGCGUGUCCUCUUCGCCGAGCCCGGACUCACCCUUCCCGCCUACCGCGACUCCCCGACAGCUGUCCGAUGCCGACAAGCUCCGCAAAGUGAUCUGUGAACUCGUGGAGACCGAGCGCACCUAUGUCAAAGAUCUCAAUUGUCUCAUUGGGAGAUAUUUAACCCCACUGCAGAAAGAGAAUUUCCUCACACAGGAUGAGCUGGAUGUUCUAUUUGGCAAUUUGCCAGAAAUGGUGGAAUUCCAGGUUGAGUUCCUAAAAACGCUGGAAGAUGGAACCAGACUGGUUCCAGAUCUGGAGAAGCUGGAGAGUGUUGAUCAGUUUAAGAAAAUACUCUUUUCUUUGGGAGGCUCUUUCUUGUACUAUGCGGACCGUUUUAAGAUCUACAGUGCUUUUUGUGCCAGUCACACUAAGGUCCCAAAGGUUCUUGUGAAGGCCAAAACCGACCCUAAUUUCAAGGCCUUUCUUGAUGAGCGGAACCCCAAGCAGCAGCACUCCUCCACCCUAGAAUCCUAUUUGAUUAAACCCAUACAGAGGGUGCUAAAAUACCCACUUCUGCUAAGGGAGCUCUACUCACUGACAGACCCAGACAGUGAGGAACACUACCACUUGGAUGUUGCUAUUAAGGCCAUGAACAAGGUUGCCAGCCACAUCAAUGAAAUGCAGAAGAUCCACGAGGAGUUUGGAGCAGUGUUUGACCAGCUGAUCACUGAGCAAAGCAGUGAAAAGAAAGACGUGGCUGAUUUAUCGAUGGGCGAUUUGCUGCUUCACAACACAGUGACAUGGAUCAACCCACCCAUUUCUCUGGGAAAAUGGAAGAAAGAACCACAGAUGGCAACAUUUGUUUUCAAAACUGCUGUGGUGUUUGUAUGCAAAGAAGAGUCCAAGCAGAAGAAGAAAAUUGGCGGCUCACAUCGAGUUUCUGUAUCUUCGGAAGAAAAAGAUCCUUUCCGAUUCCGUCACAUGAUCCCUACAGAUGCCCUUCAAAUCCGAUCAAUGUCAAACACAGACGGUGAGAGCUCUGCAAUGUGUGAAAUAGUUCACACAAAAUCAGAGUCAGAAGGAAGACCAGAGAGGACGUUUCACCUGUGCUGCAGCUCUCCAGAGGGCCGAAAGGAAUUUCUGAAGACGGUCCACUCCAUCUUGAGAGAAAAGCACCGCCGACAGCUCCUAAAGACAGAAAGUUUACCCCUCAACCAGCAGUAUGUGCCAUUUGGAGGAAAGCGACUCUGUGCCCUGAAGGGAGCCCGUCCAGCCAUAAAUAGAGCCGCAUCUGCCCCAACCAGGACUCUAGGCAGGAGAAAGCUGGUGCGCAAUCGUUUCACCAUAGACACCGACAUUGUUUUUGAUGGCGACUCGGAACAGCAGGACCUCACUUCACCACAGGAAUCCGAUUCAGUUCCGCUGCAGCAGAAGGAUGAGCAGCAGUCUGAGUUAGCGGGAGACACAGACCGCUGGGUGGAGGAGCAGUUUGACCUAGAAGAGUAUGAAGACCAGGAAGAAAUGAAGGAGACAGACAUCCUAAGCGAUGAUGACGACGAGUUUUGCCAAACACCCAGAGCUCUAUCCGAAGAGGCUGAUCUGGAGAGCCCCCUGAUGGCUUUAUCCCUGGAGGGUGCAGAAACAGACGGGAGUAAAAGCCUGCCGUCUCCAACUGUGAGCGACGCACCAGAUGAAGAGAAGAUAUCCGGCACAGAGAGGAAGAGCUCCGUAACAGACAACUCCGAGGACAAGAAUCAAGCAGAGAAGGCUGAGGUUUGGGUUCGAAGGGAGCCGUCGGAUUCAUCUCCAGACUGCCCCACAUAAGAGCUGAAGGGGACAGGAAUCUCCCCACGUUUGCCGCACAACGAUCACUCAUCACAAACCGUGCAUGAGCAUUGAUGUAUAUCACCCAGCUAGUAAAAGAAACAGUACACCCUCCUUUAUCUUACUUUAUGCUGAAUGCUUUUUUGUACAGGUAAGAUCAUUUGUGGAGCAAUAAUUAACCCAGAAUGAGGGAGCUGUAUCCCAAAUCAGAUGCUGUUUCAUAACGGUCAAGUGUUUGCUUAGAGAGGUGAAAUAAUGGUACAAUCAUGGGAUCUAAUCACUUGCUUUGAUUGGCAUGGUUUGCACAUUUGGACGGCAUUCUGUAGUCCUGCCUGCUGUUGCCAAAUUUGGGUAUUGUGAGAACAUUUAUAUUUGUUUCGUCUCUGUGACUCAAGAUAUUAUCAUAGCUAAGGGCUGUAUAUUAUUUGUCCUUAAAGACCUAGAAUAAUAAAUUCCAGAUGACAGUCUUGCAUAGAUUACUGUACAUUUUCACAUGAAUAUACACGGAUGUGAUCUUUAGUUUUAGCUCUCUUGUUACAUUUAAUAACAGAAUGAUGUGAAAGCCGUAAUGUCACUGAAGCAAUGGGGUUUUAAUUUUUUUUAACCUUAUCCUGUUUUUACUUGAAUUUGUAUUUGCUGUGUCAUUUUUUUUUACUACUGUGAAAUUACGUUAUAUUUUACCAAUGGUACUACCUAAAGUACUGCAGCUCAGACACACUUGACACAUCACAUGCACACAAUAUUGUAGAUACUUUACACUUCAGCUUCUUCAGAAGGUUUUCCGUGUUCACUUAUUUUUUUUAGUAAUGGAUUUCAAAGCAAUUGUUUUAUUUAUUUGUGUGUAAAAUAAUUUGCUAGUAACAGAAGUAAUUUUUUUUUUUCCCACAAAGAAAGUCCAAAGUUGCUCAUGCAAUCAAGGUGAAAGACUGGCAAGAUGUCUGACCAAUGAAAGAAGUUAUGAUUU